AUGCUAAGUGUUGCAAUAUCAAUGAAGAUUGUGGCGCACUCUCGACAGGGAUUUAUAGUGUUGAAGUGCGUAAGUUUUGACCUUACUCGAACGCAUAACGCGUCAUUCCCGAAUAGUGUGGUGUUCCCGGGCGGCGUUUGUGAGGCCGCCGACGGAGACGAGGAGUGGUACAAACAUCUCCGUACGUUUGGCUACACGGAGAGCGAUUUUAAAAGUUUUCAUCGUAUUGGCAGUCCAUUGACGCCUUUAUUUGAAAAUAAUCCAAUUCAAAGGCAUGUUGCCCUGAGAAUAACUGCUAUAAGGGAGACUUUUGAAGAGCUAGGACUCCUUAUAUGCAGUCAGAGUCAUAAAUCUGAAAGGGAAAGUGAUUGGGCGUCACUUCUAACUGAUGAUGAUCUAAAACAUUGGAGGGACAGGGUAAGCAAAAACCCAGCAGAUCUAUUAACUCUUUGUAAGGAAUACAAGUGUUAUCCAGAUAUUUGGGCUUUGCAAUAUUGGAGUAAUUGGCUUACACCUGUUAAUCAACCAAAAAGAUUUGAUACAGCUUUCUUUGUGACCGCUUUAGAAAAUAAACCUUCAAUAAACAGUAAUUCUGAAGUAGUUAAUGUUAAGUGGUUGACACCAACAGAAAUAUUAGAGAGCAGUAGUAAAGCUGAAGUAAUACUUUAUCCACCUCAAGCUUAUGAGUUUAGCAGAUUAGCAUAUUUACCCGAUAUAAAUGAAUUGUUAACAUUUGCUAAGGAAAGGAGUUCUAAGGGUAAUAUAUUAUUAUACCCUGUGCCAAUUCAAGCCAAGGAUGGCAUGAUUCAAUUGCUACCAGGUGAUUAUCUGUACCCGUCCGAUGUAGAUUUCAACACUCAAAUUGAUCCUAUAAAAGACAAAACUAUAUUGGAACUCAGAGACAAUAAUCAAUCACUCCAUAGAGUUGAAGUGACAAAAUCAAGAAGAGAAAUCAUUAUACAAAAUUAUCAUCCUACAAACCAUAUCACUAUGAAUAACUUGAUUAUACCAUUUCCUUCAAUAACCGCUUAAAAAGUGUAUACUCCUAAAAUAAGUG